AUGACGAUUUUCGUCGCGUCUCUUUUUCUCCCUUACACUGUGACCCGAAAUUCAUGCAGGUCUGAAAUUCCAUCACCAAAUCCCCUCCUGCCUCAGAGCCUUAACUCACCACCGAGUGGAGGUAAUGGUGAAUUCAACAAUGAGGCACUGCAUGGAAUUGACUUGACCCCGGAUGCCACCCCAAACCACAAGCACAUAUUUACUUCCGAUACACCCCUUCCACCAAAGAAGGGUAUGGGUUAUCCGUUUUUCUCAAAACCGCAGUUAAAUGGUGGGCCACCUACAAAAGGCGCGCCUCAGUGGAGCAUUAUUCCUGCAACAGAAUUCAACGAUGGCUUAACAAGCGCUAUACGUUCCGCUGAGGAUAUCGGCUACCUCAAGGACACAAUGUGGGUGGGCACGCUCGGAACACAAACGGAGACAAUGGAGGACUGUGAUCGGAUGGCCAUUAAGCAAAAACUCAAGGAUGAGUAUGGGUCCUUGCCCGUGUUUGUAUGCGACCGUGACUUUGAUGGACACUGCACGCACUGCAAGACCAUCCUCUGGCCGAUCUUCCAUUACCAGGUUCCCGAUAGCCCCAAAAGUAAAGCCUACGAGGACUGCUCCUGGGACUACUAUGUGAGGCUCAACCAGGCUUUUGCGGAGCACAUUGCGGAACAUUGCAAGAUAGGCGAUUCGGUUUGGGUACAGGACUAUCACUUGAUGCUGGUCCCAGCCAUGCUCCGAAAGAUGGUUCCCGACCUCCAGAUUGGCUUUUUUCUUCAUACCGCGUUUCCGUCCUCCGAAGUUUUCAGGUGCUUAGCCACGGAUAAGGAGCUACUUAUAGGUCUACUCGGUGCCGACUUGCUCGGCUUCCAGAUCGACGAGUACUCUGGCCAUUUUCUACGAUCUUGUAGCAGAGUCCUUUCCGUUGAAGCUACCGACGAAGGGAUUCAAUUAAACGACCGCUUUGUCAACGUGGGUACAUUCCCAAUUGGCAUUGAUCCAACCUUAUGGGAUCGGCGAAGACAGCUAGCCGAUAUUAGGGUCUUGAUCGACACUAUCUUGGCUCGGUAUCGUGGUAAGCGGAUCAUCAUUUCCCACGACAAGAUGGACUCUAUCGGGGGGAUCCGCCAGAAGCUGUUAAGCUAUGAACAUUUUCUUAACAUAUACCGGGAAUGGGCAAACGAUAUCGUUUUGAUACAAUUAGUUACUAGCACUACACGGCAGCCCGACCUGGAAGCGACUAUAUCCGACAUUGCUCUACGCAUAAAUUCUGCCUAUACGACCCUUGAACAUCAGCCCUUGAUAUUUCUCAGGCAGGACCUCUUGUCUGCACAGUACGUCGCACUUAUCACGGUAGCAGACGUGCUGAUAGUCACCAGCCUUCGAGAGGGAAUGAAUCUGACCAGCCACGAGUUCGUUUACUGCCAAGACGGGCUCUAUAGUAAUAAGGCGUACGGAUCAAUGAUUCUCAGCGAGUUCACGGGUAGUGCAUCCAUAUUUGGUGAUAAUGCGCUCCUAAUCAAUCCUUGGGACUUCCGUCAGUGCGCAAAUGCAAUACAUACGGCAUUAGUUCGGAACCGGGAAGAGCGAAAAAAGGCUUGGGAGCAGCUAUACAGAUCACUAUUGGAUAAUACAGCAACAAAUUGGGUUAAGUCCUUUAAAGAAAGGCUGUCUCAUGUCUGCAGCAAACAGUUAUCGCACCGAAGGUGCACACUACCGUGUCUUUCCGUCGACCGUUUAAAAGAUCAAUACCGACAGGCGCGCCAUCGCAUGAUAUUUAUUAAAUACGAAGGCACAUUAGCACCCUGGAGACCCCCAAGUGGCGUCAUGUUUCUUGUCACGCCCCAACGUGCAGUAACAACCUUGAGCGACCUGACAGACGAUCCACUCACCGUCGUUUACGUGGUAAGCUCAAGAACACUGGGGGAACAGGAGCGACACUUCCGCCAUGUUGCUGGUGUAGGAUUGAUUGCCGAACAUGGGUGCUUUUUGCGUGAGCCGCACGCCACUGAAUGGAAGAAGUUGGUGAGCGAAGGGCAGACGGAUACGUGGAGAGAAGGGGUAUUUUGUAUCUUUGCAUACUUCCAUGAACGAAUGGAAGGUAGCUGGGUCGAAAUGCGCCACUUUUCGAUUGUCUUCCACUUCGGUUCGGUGGCCGACACAGCAAUGGCCAAGCGUCUCGCAGCUGAGUGUGCAGACCAGAUUAAUGAUGCCUGUGCCAAUCAGGGCAUUCACGCUAUUAUCUAUGAGUCUGCUGUGAUAGCCGAGCCUAUUAAUACGAAAAAGCGUCCCGCGGCGGAAGUGGCGUGGCGCUACGCGGAAAGCUCCAACAAUUCAAAGCCUGACUUCUUGUUGAUCAUUGGUGGUGACCGUGAGGAUGAGGAUUGGUUCAGGUGGGCCAAUGAGAUGGAGAGCACUGGUGCAGUCGAUUACUCCAUGACAGCGACAAUAGGCUCACAAGGCUCUGAGGCUAAGACGAGGUUGACACAUGGAGUGACAGGCAUUCUUGAUUGCUUACAGCGACUGGCCUCCGACUAG